UUAGAAUAAGGCUUUAUUUAACGUAACCAAAUGUGGAAAAAAUGCACUGUAUCUCGUUUAUUUUCAAGCUGCUGUCACAAGAUUGUUCCUCACAAAACAUCCAUGAUUCAUCCCCUAGCAAAUUGCAAUCCACCUCCAACCACCCUUCCAAAUUCUCAGAACAAAAUUCUUGUCCCUAGAGUUUAUCAUUUCAUUACAUUGAGAUUUCAGAGGAAAGGGACGGAAACUGACAUAACUGAGACCAAGAAAGAAUGAAGGAAAGAGCUCAGAGGUGAAAGUAUCAUGCUGCAUUAAAUAAAAGCAAGCUAGUUGUAAAAGGAAUGGGAAGCAGGCAGAUUAAGUCAUUUCUGGAUAACAAACCUGGUUGGAUCUUCAUCCCUCAUGGCUUGUGCUAAGCAAAGUAGUGUGCACCAACGCAAUGUGAUAUCAUGUUCUACAACACUGACGGGUGCUAUAUUUCCAUAUGGCCAGUUUCCAGUUUUUUUUUAAAUAACCUUACUCAUUACACUUUAAAAAUUAAUUUAUUGACUGAAAAAUUGCUUUUGGGAUUGGGAUUUGGGAUGUUUCGUCUCUUCUCUUUUUUCUUAUUACAUUCUCUGCCCAAAUAAGAAUAUUCUCUGCCCAAACUGUGGCCAGGCAUGGGUGAGAGGAAAAGACAAAUCUCUGUAUUUUUUCUUGAUGUUAUAGAAAUCUUCUCUUUUCCCAUGAACCUUAGAUAAACCUCUCUUUGCUCAAUAAUACUGAAGUUCUCUCACAAAGCAAAAAUCCCUUUAGAGAUCGCAAAAGAUUGGGCUAAUGGGAAGCCAAUUAGUUAGUUUGUAAGAAUCCUUUUGUAUUUCGCCCCAAAAAUUAAGCAGCUUUGAGUUUAACCCGAUACCAAACAUAAAAUGCUCACCCCAGAAAUAGAAAUAAUAAAGGAAAUUUAGAGAAUAUUUUAGCAUUCAUCGCAUUAUACCAUCCUUUGCACUCAUGGGAAAAAUGUUACAACUUAUUUACUGCUAUUUCACCUAUUAUCUCAGGAAAUAACCAAACUUUUAGUUGACAUAGCGGUGCCAUUAUGACAUCACUAAGAUGAAAAUUUACUUUUUUUUGUAACGUGAGUGGCACUGAGAUAUGAGAUAAAUUACAGAGGAUAUGAUGUCACUGGAAUACAGUACAAAAAGAUCACUUCAGCACAUAGAAUUUAUUCCGGCGAAUGCUGUAUGGGGGUGAAAUAUAGAGAAUAUUUUCAACGCUGGACCAACCCAAGUUCCUAUAUGGAUAUUUGUUGAAGUAUCAUCUCCUCAACCCACCGAUGAAAUAUUCUACAAAGUUGUCACCACCAGAAUAGUGUUUCAGAAAGUUACAAGCCUGUGAAUUAUGCAACGUUGGUCAGCGGAGGAUGGCGAGGCGUGUAAGCGGUCCGCUGAAUUAACCAAAGGCCCGGAACAGUCAAAACGUCUGCAAGGGGGAGCCGGGAACUCUGGCAAGGAUGAGGCUCCACCGCAGUUUAUCGUCUGUAUCAAUCUGGGCGACGUUCCUCCGGAGAACGUGAACGCGACCAUCACCGGGCGGACUGUAAAUAUCACUGGAGAGCGGACGGAAAUGAUCGAAGAAUAUGACGGAAUGAUCAGAAAAAACUACCAAGGCUUUUCCAACACGUUUAACAUCCCCCCAGAGGUGGACAUAACUACGCUGAACUUAACCAUUUGUGAAAAGCACACGUUAUUGGUUGAGGCCGAUUAUUUCGACAACGUUGUUGGCCUGGAGGAGUACACAGGAGGCCCCAGGCAAAGCCGAUUGAAAUCCUUGGAUAAAUUGACCACCCAAGUAACAUCAGCUCUGGAUUUGGUCGCUUCGUCAGAACAAAGUGGGGACUCUUUGUACCAGACAGCCUUGCAAUAUCAGCCGUCUAAACAGUCUUUUCUUCCCAGUGGAGAUCCUAGCAGAAGGAGCUCAGCUGCCACCAGAGCCUCGCUUAAAGAGAAGAGACGCCCAGUUCCCGACUUAGUUGCAUGUAAAAAACCCGUGAGUCAAGAAGAAGGGAGGAGAGGCUCAGUACCCCACACAACUGGAAGCAGAAGACCCUCUUUAGGUCGUGAUAUUCGCGAAGAAGGGACGAGAAGCCCAUUACCUCAAGCAAUUGGAAGCAGAAGAACCUCUAUAAGUCGUGACGGGAAAAGAGGCCCAAUUGGAAGCAGAAGACCCUCAAAGAAUUUAGAGCAAUGUCAACGUGUGCAGGAGGAAGAAAAUAAAAUACCCACCACGAGUACAGAUGGUGAACAGAUAGGUUCGACGUUUGAUCAAGAUCAAUGCAGAAGAUCCUCAGUGGGAUCAACAAAACGAAACGCUGUGCAUGAGGAAGGGAAGCGAGGCUCAUUAACUGAACAGGAACAGAGAAAACCUGCAUGUCAUGAAAAACCCCAUGACAAAGGGAAGAGAUGCUCCCACCACGAUGGAAGCAGAUCAGCUAUGAGUCCAGAAAGAAGUCAUUCGGUGCACAGUAAAAGAAAGGACUCAAAACAUGUGCCAGUAAAAAGGCAUAAUAGACCCCGGACACCAUCCACAGAUAAAUCCUCUAACUCAAUUGAGACUUCUCUGAACUCCAGUGGCAGUACAAUCUCAAAUACAAGCAAAACCUCUUGGAACUCCGAUGAAGGUGGAAGCGCAGGAUCCAUCCCAACAUCCAUGCGAUCCCGACCAUCCAUCACUGAUACAAGUGGGGUUACCCCAAAAUCCACAAGGGAUUCAGUUUCUAGUCAACAGAAUUCAACAGAUCCAAGAUAUGCAAAUCAGAUUUCAGCUGCCGCAUCAUCGACCCGCAGCAAAAACGCUCAGAAAUCAAAAGCAGCUAAAAAAGAAAAGACAUUAGCUUUUGAUAGUUUUCCAUUCUGCUGUUGCCCCCAGUCAUUCUGAAUCUCUGAAACUUAGUCAGUCGCCAGCAGAAAUAUCCAAAGAAUCAUGUCUGUAAUAUAGUUCUGACACUGGAAGACACUGAGAGCUGCAGAGUCCAGAGCAAAAUGAAACUCGUCUAAAAAAGAAGCUAUUUAGUUUCUUAAACUUAUGGAAUAGUUAGUCAAAGCAGAAGAUCUAGCUUUACAUCCAUGUGGAAUUAGAGGUCUCUAAAAUGUAACUCUUUAAUAAAAUUCUGAAUUAAUCUUUGGUGCAUUCCCCAAUCAUAUUCCUUGUAUUAUCUUUUAGAAGAUACGUAAUAUCAACAUAUUUUAAACAAACUGCUUGACCGACCUAAAUGGGCAAAGGUUAUUCAACUGAUGUAAUUUCACAUUUUUAAAGGACCUUUGAUAAUGUGGCCAAUUAUAAAUUCAUGAAUAAGAUUAGCGAAUGAGAGGAAAGAGCACAAAGUGCAGAAAGGGUUGAUAACUGGCUAUCAGCGAGAAAUCAGAGAGUAGGUGGGGUAGUGGUGUACCACAAGGGUUAGUAGCAAUGCUAUUCAAACUUUAGACUCUGAAAAGGCACAAUUUCUAAAUUUAGUUACAAUAUUAACGGGGCAUGGGCAAGGAUGGGGUUGUCAAUAUUCAGAAGGAUUAUAACAAGUUACAGAAGCAUAUACAGCACCUUUGAUUCUUCCUUGACUCAACUAUUCUCUCAACUAACACUCUCUGCCCAGCAGAAAUUAUCCUCAGCCUCAACAACUUCUUCUUUGACUCUUCUCAAUUUCUUUAACUUGAGGUGUAGCCAUGGCCAUUCGCUGGACCUCAGUCAUGCUUGUGCUUUUGAUGGCUAAGCUGAACAGUCCUUGUUCCAAUCAUACACUGGCACCAUCCUCCAACUCUUUCUCCACUACAUCGAUGGCUGCAUUGGGGUUGCCUCAUGCACCCAUGUAGAACGUUGAUUUCAUUAACUGUACCACUAAAUUUUACCCUGCCCUUAAAUUCACCUGGACUAUCUCUGAUACCUCCGUCCCCUUUCUUGAUUUCUAUCUUCAUCACAGGGGCUAUUGACUGACAUCUACGACAAAUCUACCAACUCCCACAGUUAUUUGGACUACACUUCCUCCCACCCUGCCUCCAGCAAAGAUGUUAUCCCCUAAUCUCAAUUUCUCCGUUUCCACGGCAUCUGCUCCCAAAAUGAGCACUUCCAUCUAGGACAUCUGAGAUGUCCACAUUCUUUCGUAAACAUGGUUUCCCCCCCCUGCUGUCAUAGAUUCAUUCCUCACCCAUGCCUCCUCUGUGCCUUAUAGUUCUGUUCUCACUGCAGAGAGCCAGGCCACGUGCAAACUGGGGGAACGACACCUCAGAUACCACUUGGGUAGCUUACAACUCAACAGUAUAAAUAUUGAAUGAUCCAAUAAUAGGUAACCUCUAACAAAUCCCCCCUUUUCCACCACACUCACCUUCCCACCACCUCCCCUGUGCCCAACCCGACAGACCUAUUUCUUCACACCCUCCACACCCACGCCCAGUCAUACAGCAUGGAAACAGGCCCUUCAACCCAGUUUGUUGACGCCAACCAACAUGCCCCAUCAUCACCAGUCCCAUCUGCUAGCGUUUGACCCAUAACCCUCUAAACACAUCUUAUCCAUGAACCUGUCCAAUUGUCUCUUAAAUGUUAUCAUCGCACCUGCCUCAACUACAGUAUCUCCUUUGGCAGCACAUUCCAGAUGUCUUAUACAACAGUAACAUGACCUCCCAACUCCUAUACUCAGUACUCUGAUUGAUGAAGGACAAUGUGCUGAAAGCCUUUGUGUCCACCCUAUCUACCUGUGAUACCACUUUCAUGGAACUAUACCUGCAUUCUUAGCUCCCUCUGCUCUAUAACACUCUCCAGAGCCCUACUAUUCACUGUGUGGGUCCUGCCCAUGUUAGAAUUCCCAAAAUGCAACAUCUUUCUCUGCAUUAAAUUCUAUCAACUAUUUCCUCAGCCCACCAUCGCAACCGAUCAAGAUCCUGUUGCAAUUUUUGACAAUCAUCUUCAAUAUCUUAAAUACCCCCCACUUUACUGUCAUAUGCAAACUUGCUAAUCUUGCCUUGCAUAUUCUCAUCCAAAUCAUAGAAGUAGAUGUCAAACAGCAAUGGGCCCAACACCGAAUCCUGAAGCACACCAAUAGUCACAGUCCGAAAAGCAACCUUCAACCAUCCAUGAAGCAAAUUUUCUAUUCCUUCGGCCGUCUCUCCUUGGAUCCCAUGCGAUCUAACGUUCCAGAGCACCCUGCCAUGUACAACUUUGUCAAAAGCCUUGCUGAAUUCCAUAUAAUCAACGUCUACAGCUCUGCAUUCAUCAACAUUUUUCGUCACAUCCUCAAAAAAACUCAGAUUCAUGAGAUACAAUCUCCCAAGUACAAAAAAACCCUGCUGACUAUCCCUAAUCGGCCCUUAUCCAUUUAAAUGCAGAGAUAUCUUAUCCCUCAGAAUACGCCCUAGUAACUUUCUGACCACAGAUGUUGGGCUCAUUAGCCUGCAUUUCCCAAGCAGCCCUUGGGAAUAGAGGCACAACAUUUGCCACCUUCCAGAAUUCCGGCACCUCACCCAUAUUUAAUGAUGACUCUUAGAUCUCAGCCAGGGCACUUACAAUUUUCUCUCCUGCUUCCCACACUGCCCUCGGAUAUAUCUGAUCAAGUCCGGGAGAUUUUACCUUCAUACACAUCAGGACCUUCAGCACCUCCACAACCAUAAAAGUGACUGCCUUUAAGCCACUUUCAUUGACCGCCCCAAGUUCCUCAUGUCUUUCUUCAUGUUCAAAACAGAGGAAAAAUACACUUGAGGACCUUACCCAUCUCCUGUGGCUCCACACACAGUAAACUACUUUGAUUCCUGAAUGGUCCCUUUUUCUAUCUGGUUACCCUUUUCCCCUUUUAUUUACAUCAAAUCUCUUGGGAUUAUCCUUAACAUUAUCUGCCCGAGCUAUCUCCUGUUCCACUUUACCCUCCUGAUCUUUUUUUUUAAUCUUGUUUCCCAAUUCCCAAAACUCCUCCAGGGAUAUGCUUGAUCCCAGCUGCCUAUAGCUGCCCAUGCCUCCUCCUUACUCUUGACCAGAGCUUCAAUUUCUCUCGUCAUCCAAGUUUCCGUAUGCCCACCUGCUUUGCCCUUCACUCUAACAGGAACAUACAUGUUCUGGACUUCAGCUCACUUUUAAAAUCAUCUCACUUUGCUGACAUUCUUUUUCCUUCAAACAAACUGCUCCAAUCAACUAGAGCGAGUUCAUGUCGAAUACCCACAGUUAGUCUUGUCCCAAUUUAGGAUUUUACCAUGCGAGCCCACCCUGUCUCAAUCCAUAACUAUCUUAAACUUAAUGGAACAGUGGUUGCUGGUCGCAAAAGGAUCAUCCACAAACACUUCUUCCACUUACCCCUUUCAAUUUCCCAAGACUGGAUCAAGUGUUGCCCUCUCCCAUGUAGGGCCCCUCUACAUUUUGCCGGAGGAAAUGUUGCUGAACGCAUUUGACAAAUUCUGCCCCAUCUAAACCUUAUUCACUAUGACAUUCCAAGACAAUGUUGAGAAAGUUAAAAUCCCCUUCUGCAACAACCUUAUAAAUCUUGCAGCUGCCUGCAAUCUCCUAGCAAAUUUGCUCUUCUAAUCCCCGUUGAUUAUUUGGGGGCCUGCAGUACACUCCCAAUGAGGUGGUCAUCCUUUUCUUGUUUCUCAGUACCUCCACAUGGGCGGACUCUCUGGAUCAAUACAAAAACACUGCCUCUUUUACCCCCUCCUUUGACUUUCCUGAAAUACCAGUAGCUGGGAAUGUUGCCCUGCCAGUCCUGUCCCUCUUUUAACCAGGUUUCUGUAAUAGCUACAAUAUCCCAGUUGCACGUUCCUAUCCAUUCCCUGAAUUUAUCUAUCUUAUCUGUCAGGCCUCUUGCAAUAAAAUAAGUGUAAUUCAAAGCAACACUCCUCCUUUGCUCCCUGCCUUUCUCCUGCCUAUAGGGUCCACUAACCUUUCUCUCAUCACCAUACGGAUUUCCAUCCUCUCACCUGCCUUGGUCCUCUGCAUUGGAUCACCACCCUCCUGCCAAUCAAGUUUAAAUCCACCCAUGUAGCACUAGUGAACCUGCCUGCCAGGAUAUUGGUUCUCCUCCAGUUUAGAUGUAACCUAUCCUUUCUGCACCAGAAGUGAUCCCAUGGUCCAGAAAUCUGAAUCCUUGCCCCUUGCACCAACUCAGCCACACAUUCAUCUCCCCCAUCUUCCUGUUCCAAAGACGUGCAGGUUUGUAGGUUAAUUGGCUUGGUAAAUGUAGAAAAAAAUUGGCCCUAGUGGGUGUUGGAUCGUGUUAAUGUGCGGGGAUCGCUGGUCGGCGCGGACCCGGUGGUGGACAAAGGGCCUGUUUCCAUCCCGUAUCUCUAAACUAAACUAAUCUACCUCACUAGCAGGUGGCACUGAAAGCAAUCCAGAAAUGAGUACCCUGGAGGUCAUGCAUUUUAGCCUUUAACUUAAUUCCCUGUACUCCUAUUGCAAAACCUCAUUCCAUUUCCUACCUUGGUCAUUUGUGCUAACAUGCACAACAAAGUCCGGCUGCUCCCCCUCUCCCCUGAGCAGCAGCUCCGAGACAUCCUGAAUCCUGGCACCAGGGAGACAGCACACCAUCCUGGAGUCUUGAAUGCUGCCACAGAAUCCCCUGUCCGCAUCCCUAACUAAAGGGUAGCCUACAACUAAGCCUCUGCCUGGUGUCACACUUAUGUGCUGAACCUCAGUGUCAAGGUUGGUAUCACAGCCCAGUCUGCAGCUCAAUCUUGAUGUGUCAUCCCCCUGACAGCACCCAGAAGGGUGUACCAUUUUAGAAGGGGGAUGGCCACUGGGGUCACCUACACUGCACGUCGAAUUCCCUUUCUCGUGGUCACCCAUCUUCCCUUUUUCUGGAUCUUUGGCAUGAUCCAUUUCAGCCGGUCUCCUCUCCAUUCUGAAAUCCAUCCUCUGCACUUUUGGAGACAGAGCCUUCUCCAGGGCAGCUCCCAGGCUCUGGAACUCCCUCCCACAAUUGAUCUGAACUUCUGAGUCCCUCACCAUCUUCCAAGUCACCUCAAGACCCAUCUCUUCACCUCUGCAUACCCUUAGUCCCAUGUCCCCCUCCCCUUUGCAUCUCUGUCUUACUGCUCUAUUGUGUUUUGUUCUUGACUCACCAUGUAAAGCGACUUUGAGUCCUUGAAAAGCGCUAUACAAAUAAAAUGUAUUAUUAUUAUUAUUAUUAUUAUUAUGACACCCUCGCUACACGUCCUGUCCAAGAAACUCUCAUUUUCCUGGAUAGUCCUGAGGUCAUCCAGCUGCUGCUCCAUUUCCCUAAUGUCAAGGAGCUUUA